AUGACGGUCAGUUUUAAUCUCGGGGUGACGGCUUUUUUCACCUACCCUCACCCAGAUGAUGUAGAAACCGAAUCCCUUGGUUUCUCAGAGCGAUCGAUGGAUGAGGAUAUGUUUCAUGAGGCCGAAAAAGGAGCUGACGAUAUUUGGGCAUUAUCGAACGCAAAUGAGGACGAAAUAAGAAGCGGGGUUGGAAGUUUCGGGAAUUUGGCGAUGAAGGGGUUUGGUGCAUUGGGGAAUGCUGAACCAUUAGGGGAGCAUGAGAACUUUUUCGAUAUGAUCGUAGAUAAUGACAACAAUGGCGCUUCGGGAGAUCCACCCGACUUGGCUCCUUCUACUGGGUCAGAUAUGGCUGGGCGAGACGUAUCUCAAAAUACAAUGUUUGUUGCUAACGAUGGUGUAAAAAAACUUGCCUCAGCUGUAGAUGAUGUCGCCAAAAGGCUCCUUGAGACAAACAACGACUCCGACGAUGCUCCAGUAGCGUCAAGGCCUGAUCUAUGGAAUGAAAUAAGCAACAGUUUUCGCUUGGAAUCUUUGAACACAAGUUUCAACGGAAGUUUUGCAAACAUAGCAAGUGAGAGUCUUCAAGAGUCACGAAACUUUGUGGGCGCGUAUUGGAUGGGAAGUGAUCAGCAUAGCGCGAUUAUAGCCCAUAUGGCUACAGAGGCAGCCAAAGUCGCGGCAAAGCAAACCGCUUCUGGACUAACAACUGCGGUGUUGACGACGAAUAGCGCCGGUGUAUCUAUUUUUUUGAAGAUAAUAGUUGGUGUGAGCUUCUUCUUCUUUUCGGCUGGGAUCAUUUUUACCGGCGUAUCGCUUCGCGACAGAAUAGGACCAGAGGUUGUGGCCCAAGGCCUUAAGAUACCUACAAAUUUGACCGAAAAGUUGAACAAGACAUUGCCCUCACGGCCAACAAGAUCUCCAACGAUGUACCCUGCUGAGACCUAUUUUCCAACAUCUUCACUUGGACCUUCCGUGCAGCAGGUGGAUUCACGCUUUCCAUCUCCUUCUAUCACCUCCCAACCCUCUAUUUCAGGGGUUCCUACUCAAAGUCAGUCGACUACAAACAAUUAUACUACAUUAAUGCCUACUCCAAGCACCAAUCCAGAAAACAAUCAGGUAGUAGGUACAAACUUACCAACGGUAACGAUGAGUCCGCUCGGACUUCAGCCAACUCGGCUGCCCACUGUCCGCCAUUCAUCGGCAGUGGAGAUGGGAAGUCUUCCUCCAACAGGACGACUCGUCUCGAAUUCAAACAGCCCGUCGACAUUAGAGCCGAUAGCGACCGAAUCAACACCAAUGAAUCCAAGCAAUGCUCCCUCUGACGAAGCGGCUGAAGCGAUAGUACCAACGACUUUGCCAGCCAUGAAGCCCUCUUCCUUACCAAUAGGCGAGAAAACCCUGGUGCCAAAUGCAAGACCAAAUACGGUAAAAACCCACGUUCCAGCAGCAUUCACAAGCACCGUUCCCUCAACUUCAACGCCCGGGGAAAACCUACUAUCCAAUGACAAUCCAAACAAUACGCCUUCUCCGUCAUUGCAACCCAACAAGUCAUCACCCGGCGAGCAAAGCAAAUCUCCAUCAAAUCUCAUUAACACAUUGAGUCCUUCCCAAAGAGAUCAACCUAUUUCGGUACCAAACGCGCAGGACAGCCGGACACCCUCUAUCGUGACCCCCAGCGGGUCGCCAAACGAUUCCUCCUCCAGCUCUGCACCCAACGCAGCCGCAAAUGAGCCAUCUAGCAUGCCGAGCCAGUCGCCAUUACAAAGUCCGACUGAAAAUCCUUCCGCCGCCCCAGACUCGGGGCCUAGCUCCAGCUCUGCACCCAACGCAGCCGCAAAUGAGCCAUCUAGCACGCCGAGCCAGUCGCCAUUACAAAGUCCGACUGAAAGUCCUUCCGCCGCCCCAGACUCGGGGCCUAGCUCCAGCUCUGCACCCAACGCAGCCGCAAAUGAGCCAUCUAGCACGCCGAGCCAGUCGCCAUUACAAAGUCCGACUGAAAGUCCUUCCGCCGCCCCAGACUCAGGGCCUAGCUCCAGCUCUGCACCCAACGCAGCCGCAAAUGAGCCAUCUAGCACGCCGAGCCAGUCGCCAUUACAAAGUCCGACUGAAAGUCCUUCCGCCGCCCCAGACUCAGGGCCUAGCUCCAGCUCUGCACCCAACGCAGCCGCAAAUGAGCCAUCUAGCACGCCGAGCCAGUCGCCAUUACAAAGUCCGACUGAAAGUCCUUCCGCCGCCCCAGACUCAGGGCCUAGCUCCAGCUCUGCACCCAACGCAGCCGCAAAUGAGCCAUCUAGCACGCCGAGCCAGUCGCCAUUACAAAGUCCGACUGAAAGUCCUUCCGCCGCCCCAGACUCAGGGCCUAGCUCCAGCUCUGCACCCAACGCAGCCGCAAAUGAGCCAUCUAGCAUGCCGAGCCAGUCGCCAUUUCAAAGUCCGAGUGAAAGUCCUUCCGCCGCCCCAGACUUAGGGCCUAGCUCCAGCUCUGCGCCCAAUGCAGCCGCAAAUGAGCCAUCUAGCACGCCGAGCCAGUCGCCAUUACAAAGUCCGAGUGAAAGUCCUUCCGCCGCCCCAGACUCAGGGCCUAGCUCCAG